CUGAGCAAUCAGCGAGCAAAGUGAGCGGAUGAUAAUGACUUGUUCAAAUUUAUGGCUAAAUAAUUAUUUAUAUUAAUCCACGUGAUUCAAAUGUAUUGCCAUAAGCUAGGUGUAGUAUGUGUUUCUCAUAACUAUAAAUAAUUGUGGCGCGGUGCGGGAGCGCACAAAAUGGCUCCAGCACACACACCCACUCCAUAUUUUACCCGUAUUUAUCAAUAUUACUUUAUUAGCUCACAGAAUUAUCAAUGGGAGUGUCAGCACAGGAGCCAGAAGCAGAACCAACUGCUUCUGCAUCACCAGCACCAGCACCAGCACCACCAGCAUCAGCACCAGCACCAGCACCAGCAGCAUCAAAAUCAGAAUCCAGCCCUAGCAAAAAGGGCGCACCAUCAGCCGACACACUUGCAAGCGGGGAACCUGUAUCAGUCAAAUCAUCAACGCCAGCCCCCGCGAGCGCAACAAAACUCAACAAGAGCAAAACAGGCGAAGGCAAAGUAACCAAAAAGAUGCUCAAAGAGGCCGAGCAAGAGCUAUACCAAAUACUGCUGAAAAAGAAGCAGCUCGACCGGCAACUCAUCGAUACUGAGUCCUCGAUUUACGAUUUUGAAACAUCGUAUUUCGAAAACUGCGGCCAAGAAGGCAACAUUGUACACGGAUUUGAAGGGUAUUUGACCUCUGGUCGUCACCACGAGCAACGGAGAGGAGGCAAUGGUGGUGCAGGCCAUUUUGGUGACGCGGAUAGGAUUUUCUCACAGUCAUCAGCUACAUUCAAAAAGGCGCAGGAGGCGAAGAUUGCUGCGUCGUUGCUGGACUCGGACACGGAGGACGAGGAUGACAGUGGAUUGGUUCAGCAGGCCCGGAAUACCACCGGGACAGGGGGAAGUGCUGGAGGCGUUAAGAGAAAGGCUGUCGGUGGAAGCACCAUUAAGCACAAUGCCUCUGGGAGACAGGGAACACCCACCGGGAGGAGCACACCAACGCCGAGUGUCCCACGCACGACGAAGAAGCUGCGUCUGUCGAUUGAGAGCGGGACUUGAUUAUGUCUGAACUCGAUGAUUUAAUUUGUUUUUUUGGUAAAUAACCGCCAAGCUUGUUUAAAGUAAAACAUCAACCAAAUUUGUUGAUAAAGGUGAAGCCAAAAUUCCAGGCGUGCGAAACAUUAUUUGUUGUCUUCGUAAUGCAGGGGUUAGCGUGGCUGAUUUUCCUGAUUUUUGUCACCAGGCAUCAAUAUUUUCUUUUUCUCGCUGUUUUUGGACGAAUAGGGAUGCUUUACUGAGGCUCAUGUACAAAAAUUCAAUUUUAAUUCCACCAUCGUCGCCAAUGCAGAUGUUGCGGCUGUCCCCUCGGCCCCCCAAUCCCGGGUCUCGAAUUGGCCCAAUUUUUCAUGCAAACGAUUGACCUGACAUCACAAAAAAAGGAAAAAAAAGCUCACGGUGAUGUCAUGUCGGUGGAAGCAGCAUAUAUCCUUGUGCUCAAAGACAAGGAGGAUUCUCGUUCACCAUCUUUUG